GUCCCCUCCCUGCAUCUCUUCGAUUAGGGUUUCUCCCUCGUCCCUCUGAAGGACGAACUGAAUUCAAAAUUCGAUAAAAAAUUUGAAUUGAAUUAAAUAUGGCGAACAGGACCGAUCCAACAGCGAGGAGUAUAAGGGGAACUAAUCCCCAAAACCUAGUGGAAAAAAUUCUCAGAUCAAAGAUUUAUCAGAACACCUACUGGAAGGAGCAAUGCUUCGGAUUAACCGCCGAGACGCUCGUCGACAAAGCCAUGGAGCUCGACCAUCUCGGCGGUACCUUCGGCGGCAACCGUAAACCCACACCUUUCAUGUGCCUGGUCAUGAAGAUGCUCCAAAUCCAGCCCGAUAAGGAGAUUGUCGUCGAGUUCAUUAAAAACGACGAUUAUAAAUACGUUCGCAUACUAGGUGCUUUUUAUUUGCGUUUGACGGGGACUGAUGUUGAUGUUUAUCGUUACCUUGAACCUUUGUAUAAUGACUAUCGAAAACUGAGGCAAAAAUUUCCUGAAGGAAAAUUUGCAUUGACUCAUGUUGAUGAGUUUAUUGAUGAGCUUCUCACUAAAGAAUAUUCCUGCGAUAUUGCUCUUCCUCGUAUUAAGAAAAGAUGGACUCUAGAAUCUCUUGGUACUCUUGAACCUCGAAAGAGUGUGUUGGAAGAUGAUUUUGAGGAGGAGGAAGAGAAAGAUGACAUUGACCAAACUGAUGAUGCUCUCGACAAUGGGGCCGAUGAUAGGGACUAUUACCAUGGGAGAAGUCCCACGCGAGAAAGGGAUAGGGACAGAAGGCGUGACAGCCAUAGACACAGGGAUCGGGAUUACGAUAGGGACUACGAGCGUGACUACGACAGGGAUCGAGGACGGGGACGUGAUAGGGAUAGAGAUAGGGGCAGGGAUAGGGAAAGGGAUAGAGACAGGGACAGAGACCGAUAUUAUGUGAGAGAUGAAAAGGAUUACGGUCGUGAUAGGGAACGAGAAAGAGAGAGGGAAGGUAGAGAGCGUGAGAGGCGGGAUAGGGAUCGUGGUAGACGAAGGAGUUACUCGAGGAGUCGAAGUAGAAGUAGGGAUCGGAAGAGACGUGAGCAUAGCAGCAGUCCGAGGAGGAGGGGAGAUGGAGCAGAAGAGCCAAAGAAAAAGAAGGAAAAGAAGGAGAAGAAGGAGAAGAAAGAGGAUGGUACCGACCACCCGGAUCCUGAGAUUGCAGAAGCUAAUAGGGUUAGGGCCUCGCUCGGGUUGAAACCUCUCAAGUUAUAAAUUUUUACUGGUGGCUGGGGUGAAAAUGGGGGGAAGCGUGUAAUUGUUGUGUGGUGUAGUAACUUUAUGCUGAAACUACAGCUUCUGUUGUACAUACAUAUUUUGAGGGAGUGUCGACUGAUUGCUUCUUUUCA